AGUUCACAGUCGGGUCGACCAGGUCCUCUGCUCGCCACUGGGUGUUGGUGCGUUCACGUGCACGGGACUCCGCGCCUCGGUCGCUCCCCUUACAGUCCUCAUCUCCACCGCUGCCGGCCCGGACGCUGCUGCUCCUCCUCCUCCUAUGGACGCUCUGAACGGGUGCUGGCCCAUCGAGAGCAAGAGUUAAUCGCCCGAACAUCACUUACGAAGCCAAGAAGAGCACCGCCUUCCUUCAGCGUCGCACGCGUGACACGUGCGACAUGUGAUAAGAUCGCUGCUGUUUGAACGUCGUUCGCCGCCCGAUCCUUCCGCCUAAUCAGUAUCUCCGACGUCGUUCUCGAGCCUCGUCGUCGCCGCAGAUCUCGAGCAAAGUAGUUAUGGUGGCGUCUGUCGUCUCGCCACUAUAAUGAGGAUCAAAAAGUAUCAGGCGGCGCAGGUGUUGCUGGCGGCGUGCGCUGCGGUAGCGGCCGCGGGAGCCCAGGCGCCGUCGGGCCGCAAGGCGCCCUACGACAAGUGCUCGCACCCCUUCCACGCGUGGCUCUGCCGCCCGCCGCCGCGCGCCCACGGCUCGGCGCGCUUCUCGGACCCCGUCUCGCCGCCCACGACGAGGAGGCCCCCGCCGCCCCCGCCGCCGCCCACAACCGCGGCCCCUCCUCCUCCCCCGACGACCCCGGCGCCUCGCCAGGGCGGCGAGGUCUUCCCCGAGGCAGCUCCCUCCGACGGAGGGCUCGUCGACUCGCUGCCCUUCCCCGCCCCUGCCUCGCCGCCCACCGUCCCCCCUCCCCCCUCUCCCACCCCGCCGGCGCCGCCCUCCACCACGCCCUACGACAAGUGCAGCCACCCCUUCCACUCGUGGCUCUGCCAGAAGGCCAGCCGCCCCGCCACGCCCACGCCCGCGCCCCGCACCGGCAGCGAGCUCUUCCCCGAAGCUUCCUUCGCUGACGCGGCGGAAGCUCUGCCGGAUCCAGCUCCCCUGCCGCCCACGACGCCCCCCCCGCCCCGGCCUCCCCCGCCCCGCCCGCCCGCACCCACGCCCGCGCCCCCGCCCAAAGCCUACGACAAGUGCUCGCACCCCUUCCACGCGUGGCUGUGCCGGGCGGCGCCGUCCAGGCCCCGCGUCCGCCCCCCGCCGCCCCCCGCCUCCACGCCGGCUCCUGCGGGCGCUGGAGUCUUCCCCGAGGCGUCCAACGCCGCCCCGGAGGCCUCGCAACCCUUCCCCCAGGAGCAGGCUCCGCCCCUCCCGCGCCCCCCGCCCUCCCCCAGCACGACCCCCCCUCCCAGGACGACCCCGUACGACAAGUGCUCGCACCCCUUCCACGCGUGGCGCUGCACCAAGCCGACGAAGGCGAGGCCGCGCCCUGCCGCGCAGGACCCCUUCCCUGCGGGCAGCCUCCUAAACGCCGAGCCCGCCAACGACCCUGCGCAGGUCCGGGCGCCGCUCCCCGCCCCCGCCCCCACCCCCGCCCCGACGUCGCCCCGCCCUCCCCCGGCGUGGGAAGGAGCCGACCCUUGCACCCACGCCUUCCACUCGUGGCUCUGCCGCAGCCCGCGCCCCCGCCCCACACGCCCCCCCCUUCCUCCUUCGCCGCCCCCUGCGCCACCCACGACCCCGCCAGGGCCUCAGGCGGGCAUCCUGGACCCCGACGCCUCCUUCCGGGCGCCGGACUCGAUCCUGUUCCCCGACAAUUCCCUCACAACCACCACCACGAGAGCUCCUCCUCCUCCCCCCCCCUCCUCCCACCACGACGCCCGUCCCUCCCCCCAGGACCACCCCCGCCCCUCCCCCCCCUGCCAGCGGCGCGGACUCCUCUCCCGCCGCAGGAGGUCUCCUGGACGCCGAGCCUCAGCGCCCCCGGACCCCCCAGGAGCCGGAGGAGCCUCAGCCCGAGCCCGAGCCCACGCGGGACGACAUCUGCAGCCACCCCUUCCACAGCUUCCUGUGCCAGAAGCCCAAGCGGCGUCCGUCCGUUCCCACGGCACGCCCUCCGCCUCGUCCUGCUCCCAUGACUCCUCCUCCGCCCGCCGAGGAGCCUGCGGCGUCCUUCCUCGCCCCCGAGACGCAGCAGGAUCCCCCGGGCGGCCGAGGAGACUUCCCGGACGCCCAGGCAGCUCCUGCGCCGGCGCCGCCCCCGAAGAGCGACCACUGCAGCCACCCCUUCCACGCCUUUCUGUGUCGCCCGGCGCCCGGACGCUCGAGGAGCCCGGGGGCGCUGCCCAGCAUUCAGAACCUGCCCCUCGAGAGCCACGGCGACAAGGAUGCCCCGGGAGGCCGAAGAGAUUCCUUCGGGGUCGGUCUCCGGGGCCCGACGCUCGCUCCGAAGGGCCGGUCCACUUCCAGCAACUUCAAAGUUUUUAACAACGCAAAAUCGGCCUCUGGUUCAGUGAGGACGGUGCCGACAGCAACAGACAUACCAACAGUUCCAACUGUACCAACCGUACCAACAGUGCCUACGGUACCGACAGUGCCAACAGUCCCUAACCGGAUACAGAAUAUCCCCUUUAACU